CUGGGGAGGAGUCAACAUGGUGGGGAAGCUGCCCUGUGGGUGUGGGGGACGGCGGCCAGGGCUCUGGUCAGUUGUCUCCACUCUGCCGAGCAGGAAGGAGAAGUGGCCCGACCCCUUGGCAGUCCCUCCCCGCAGCCUUUCCCCACAUUACUUCCCUGGGGCUCCGGUCCCUCACUUGCUCAACUCCAGCUCGGCUCCGCCAGCGUGAGGCCUCCCGACGGGAUUGCACCGUCCUCCCUUCCCAGCAAGGGGGCUCCAGAGACUGCCCCAGCCAGGCAGUCUGGUGGCCUGGGGGAUUCGGUGGGUCUGCUCCUCAGCACUGGCCUGGGGCUCUGUGUGACAGCCCCCUUGGUAAUGUCCAGGGCUCCGGGAAGAGAUGUCCUUGUGGCUGGAGGCCCCUGUGCCUGAUGCUUCUCCUGACUCUGCAGUGGAGCUGUGGGAGCCAAAUGCACAAGAUGCCGGCAGCCAGGCGCUGGGAGGCAACACUGGCGUCCUCAGGGAGGAAGCCAGCACUCCCCAAUCUGCUGGGGGCUCUCUGGGGGCAGGGCUGGAGGCAGCAGAGCCCACAGUCCUGCUCCCUGGGGUGGAUACCCCUCCAGAGUCUACAGAGCUGCGUCCACAAAAGCGGAAAAAGGGGCCAGCCCCCAAAAUGCUGGGGAACGAGCUGUGCAGUGUGUGUGGGGACAAGGCCUCCGGUUUCCACUACAACGUGCUGAGCUGUGAGGGCUGCAAGGGCUUCUUCCGCCGCAGCGUUAUCAAAGGGGCGCGCUAUGUCUGCCACAGCGGGGGCCACUGCCCCAUGGACACCUACAUGCGCCGCAAGUGUCAGGAGUGUCGUCUUCGAAAAUGCCGCCAGGCCGGCAUGCGGGAGGAGUGUGUCUUGUCCGAAGAGCAGAUCCGCCUGAAGAAACUGAAGCGGCAAGAGGAGGAACAGGCUCAGGCCACGUCCAUGACCCCAAGGGUGUCCUCACCUCCCCAAGUCCUGCCCCAGCUCAGCCCCGAGCAGCAAGGCAUGAUUGAGAAGCUGGUGGCCGCCCAGCAACAGUGCAACCAACGCUCUUUCUCUGACCGGCUUCGAGUCACGCCUUGGCCCAUGGCACCCGAUCCCCAGAGCCGGGAGGCCCGGCAGCAGCGCUUUGCCCACUUCACCGAGCUAGCCAUCGUCUCCGUGCAGGAGAUCGUUGAUUUUGCCAAACAGCUGCCUGGCUUCCUGCAGCUCAGCCGGGAGGACCAGAUUGCCCUGCUGAAAACCUCUGCGAUCGAGGUGAUGCUUCUGGAGACAUCUCGGAGGUACAACCCCGGGAGUGAGAGUAUCACCUUCCUCAAGGAUUUCAGUUAUAACCGGGAAGACUUUGCCAAAGCAGGGCUGCAGGUGGAGUUCAUCAACCCCAUCUUCGAGUUCUCCAGAGCCAUGAAUGAGCUGCAACUCAAUGAUGCCGAGUUUGCUUUGCUCAUUGCCAUCAGCAUCUUCUCUGCAGACCGGCCCAACGUGCAGGACCAGCUCCAGGUAGAGAGGCUGCAACACACAUAUGUGGAGGCCCUGCAUGCCUAUGUCUCCAUCCACCACCCCCAUGACCGACUGAUGUUCCCACGGAUGCUAAUGAAACUGGUGAGCCUCCGGACACUGAGCAGUGUCCAUUCAGAGCAAGUGUUUGCACUGCGCCUGCAGGACAAAAAGCUGCCCCCGCUGCUCUCUGAGAUCUGGGAUGUGCACGAAUGACGGCUCUUCCACCCACCACCCCCCAUCCCCCAUAUCUUCUGUUUUCUGGGCUGGAAGGCUGAGGCGCCUGGCUGCUUCCUAGAGGUGAAGCAGACUGAGAAGGGCAAACAUUCCUGGGAGCCGGGCAAAGGAGAUCCUCAUGUGGCAUUAAAGGAGAGUCAAAGGGUUGGGAGUUUGUGGCUGCUGGGCAGUGGAGGGUCCUGCUAAAACUGUGCUCCAUUUGAAGACUGUACUGCCACAACCAAAUGGAUGGGCCUGGGGGCCACUUUGCACAAGGUUCUGCAGCGCCCUGCCCGUCCUGCCUCCACCACUUCCUGUUUUCCCCGCAGGGCCCCGAGAGAAAUUCUCCACUGUCACUCUGCGGCUUGGCCAUAAAUGCCUCGGGGCUGCCUCACUGAUAGGCCUGGCGCCGUUUGUACAGAAAGACCAAAAGGAAGAUAGAACGAGAGAAACCAUUUCUCUUGGGGGUGGGGGCACGGCCACGGAGGAGGAAACCGUCCUUUAGGAUCUGCCUCCAGACGCAGAAGAGGGAGAAAAGGCACAAGUGACAGACUUGGCAGUGAGAGGGUACCUCCUUUUACUAGUCCUAGGAGGGUAAAUGAAAUGCUGAGGCUUAGAUACCCCUUUCCUGUUUAAUGAUCCAGGUGGGAUCAGGUUGUCUUUCUGAAGGGGAGUGUGGGUGAAUUUUUAGAACCUAACACCCCAGCCGUGCACCUGUCUUCAUGCGCGCCCCCAUAAUGCCUCGGGUUUUCCGUUGGUACCUAAAAAAAAGGGGGCGGCACAACAGUCCGUGCUCUAGAGCCCCAGGCCCUGUGGGACGGGAAGACAAGUGCCCUGAGGCCAGGGGGAAGCUGCCCCGUUGUGGGUUGGGCCUGUCAGAAGGGCUGGACUCCAUUUCCCAGAGGACGCGCGGCACCGUUCACGCCCCCUUCGCUCUGCGCGCUCCAGUGUAGGUGAGACUGCGGCCGGGCCUUCCGGCCUCGGUCCCCCCCGCCGUUCCUGAAUUGGUAGGCUCCACCUCCGGGGCAGCCGGCUUUGCAGCCCAGGCUGCUGGGCACGUCCAAGCCGCUAGCGGGGGGAGGGAGGGUGAGGUGUGGGGGACGCUCAGAAAGUCUCAGGAGCAGUUUUAUCUUGAGAAGUCGCUUCCAGAUCAUUCCACAUCUCGUCGAAAUGGGCUCUAUUACCAUGUCAAAUUAAAAUUUCUUUGUGCAACCUAAA